AUGGAAGUAAUAGCGUCCAAACAAAGAGGAACGGUCAAAGGGGGCAUUGUGAUUGUUGGCGCAAUUUUCUUUGAGCGAGCCUUUGAUCAGGCUGGGGAUGCGCUGUUCGAGCAAUUGAAUCGCGGGAAACUCUGGAAGCACAUUAAACACAGUUAUGAGAAAACAGAUGAAUGAAGAUGAUGCUGCAGGCUGUAUGGUGUCCAUUCUCAAGAGAACUUUAAUUUUCAAGGUCCACUGCUGUCUUCCAGUUGAAUUGAAUUGAAGGAUUCCAAGACUGAACUACCUGGUAGCAUGUGGAAGCCAGUUUUAUUUUGCUCCAUCUGGACUUUUCACCAUGUAUUUAAACAAUACUGUGUAAGCUAUGGCUAAUAAAGUACACACAAAAAAAAAAAAAAAAAAAAACAGGGAGAAUG